UAUUAAAUUCAGAAACCAUAGAGACAAUUAGGAGAACACACAAGAACAUUUAAACAUAAAAAUUAAAGUGAUAAAAUAAAAGGAUGGAAAUAAAUGAGUUUUUAAAUACAUACCUGUGUGCAUAUGUUACAAUUUGUGAAGAUAAAAAAAAUCAUAAAUAAGUAAAAAAUACCCAUAAAAAAGUGAUUCCAUAGGAAACUUUGAAAACCACAGCAAAAAUAAAUCGUGAACGCGCGGUCAUAACAAUAAAAACCUAAAUAUAUAAGAUUCAUUGAGAAAGUCAAAAUUAAAUGCGGUAAUAACCUCGCUUGAAAAUCUUUUGUUGGAUUGUAAAGAUUUUUAAUUUCUUGCUUGCAGUAUUGUCUUCGUAAUUACAUACUUUUAGUAAAAAAACACAAAUGCAAAAGCCAAAACUUUGGAAGUCAAAAUAGCCGCAUCAUAGCUCGAAUAGGGUCGGUGUGUCAAAUUGGCCCAUCAAGUGCACAAUAAUAACAAAGCCACUGUUUGGGUAAGCAACAGUUGAAAAGUUGCCGUUGGAAUCAUAAAAUUCCCGGCAUAUAAUUUGAGUCAAACCCGAUUUGAAUGCACAUAAAAAUACUCAACAAGUUUAUUACUCUUGAGUCGCAUAGUGUUCAAAUAAAGUAUAAAAAAUCAGAUAUAGUACAUACAUUCAUACAUUUAUGUACAAGGCAAAACGACCAAUGUGGGUCCAGAGUGACAGAUAUUGCGAUUAUAAAAACAUUUUGUGAUUGUUCGAUUUCGAUACGCCCAAAGAGCAUUCGGAUUCUUAAACUGAUGUAGAGCCCCAUCAACAAAAAAGUGGUAAUAAACAUUGAUUGAAUUUGAAAACAGAGUUUGGAUACAACGAAAUUAAAUUUGAAUUUUAUAACGGAAAUAUCAAAUAUUAAAUGGAAAUGACUAAAAUAUUGAGCCUCACCUUUCCAACAGCUCUUGCCAUCAACCUCAGCACCACCAAUCCGUCGCUCCAAUCAGGCCCCGAAUCUAAUCACAUUACCACUCCUACAGCCACCACCACGCCAAACAACAAAUAUUUUCUACGAUUCUUCACAAAAUGAUGGAUCGUAUCCCAUCAUUAUCGCUAUCAGGCAUAUCGCUCGCGCAUCCACUCUCGUUAUCCACAACCGGACAGCAACUUCAAAAUCAUCUUAAUUCCGCAUCGGCGGUCACAUCGUCAACUGGUACAGGUGGACACCACCAUCAGCAUCAUCAUCAUCAUCACCAUUUGGGUCAAUUAGCCGCAGUUGUUCAUCAACAACAACAACAGCAAUUGCAACAGCAACAACAACAACAACAACAUCAUCACCAGCAGACCCAUUUGCAAGCACACCAUAGCAACCAUCAUCUAAGCCAUCAUCAGCUGUCAUUGAACUCAGCCUCCUCGGCUAGUCUCUCGCCCACAUCUAGCAGCUCGGCAUCUGCCUCGCUUCACCAUCAUCACACUUCGCUAUUGGCAGCCGCCUCGCAUCCGGUAUCACAUUCAGGCAUUCACCCAUCGUCAACAACGCUGUCGCAUCAUUCACAUAGCGGCAACAACAACCAGUCGGCGUCAUCCUCCACUUCGUUGUCGUUGCAUCAGUCAGCCUCAACUUCGUCGUCGGCAGGUUCAGCCGGAUCAGGCAGCUCCAUUGCAUCAGGUGGUGGAGUCGGUGUUUCAAGUUCAUCGGCGCAUCAGCUACAACACCACAACUCUUCAGCCUUGCACGGGCAACAUCAGCAUUCGCUCCACCACACCACACAUCAUCACACGCACGGGCACAUAAACGCUCACGGCGUUGCCGCCUCUUCACCUGUUAACGCAACGAAUUCAGCAAGUACCGCAUCCGUGAUGGCCGCCGCCGCCGCAGCACAUCUGCACCACAAUUCACAGGCUCCGUCGCCAAUGACAAAUCUGCACCAAAACAUGGGUGGACUGAUGAAUAGCGGCAGCAGCGCCAGUGAUGUCUUCUUUAGUCUAAUGAUACAAAAUACAACGAAACGUCAAAACGAAGAGCACAUCAAAAGACCUAUGAACGCCUUCAUGGUUUGGUCUCGACUGCAACGACGAAAAAUAGCACAGGAUAAUCCAAAAAUGCAUAAUUCCGAAAUAUCUAAACGUUUAGGAGCCGAAUGGAAACUUUUAACCGAAGAAGAAAAACGUCCAUUUAUCGAUGAAGCAAAACGGCUUCGAGCAAUGCACAUGAAAGAACAUCCCGACUACAAAUAUCGUCCCAGAAGAAAACCAAAAGCGUUGCGACGUGAUGGUUAUCCCUAUCCGAUGCCAUACCCAUCAGUGCCCGUGGAGGCGUUACGUGCAGGUAUAACGCCAGGGUACUUUGCGCCAGGGCCAGCAGCCGCAUAUCACUUGGGCAGCCACCUGACACAGACGAAUCCGCCAGCAUCACAGACCGGACAGAUGGAUGUACCGAAGUUUGCGCUCGACCGCAGCUCGUACCUGAGCUCCGCAGCUACAGCUGGCUCCCUCUAUGAGACAUCGAAGGCUGCCCAAGCGAGUGCCGCCUAUAGCGCCUACUUGGAUCCCAGCGUCCUAACAAAGGCCUACUUCGACUCGAAAAUGUAUCAGGAUCGCGCUGCCAACUAUGCCUUUGACAUCUCGAAAAUCUACGGUGCCCAACAACAUGGCUCUUCGGCGGCCGCUGCCGCAGUGGCGCAUCAACAGCAGCAGCAGCACUUACUCAACGGUCUAGGAAUAGCCAGUUCGCACCAGAAUAACGGCAACAUUAAUAAUAACAACCAUGCAACAGCGAACAACAAUCUAGAUGAACGGGACAACACACCGCAUUUGGAUAGCGGCGGAAGCGCGGCUGGUGGUGGCGGACUGGCGAGUGUUGUAGGUGACUCGAAGCCGCAUCUUCACUCACCAACGGACACUCAACUUGACUACUCGCAAUACGCACAAUACGGCCAGGUUGGGGGAGCCGUUAGCUUGGGUGGUGGGGUCGUUAGUAAUGGUGGUUUGAGUGGCAUUGGAUCAACUGGCGGCCCCAGUGCUGCUGGUGCUGGCGGCGAUUUUCGGCGACCGCUCACAGUCAUAUUUUGACCACCAUCCGUCGAGAGUGAGGAACUCAACCUGUCCAUGACAAAUUAGUUUUGCAAAAAGUGAGGUGUUUUUAACGAAAACAAGCAAAUAAAUCGAAAUAUUUCACUUGAAUGAUGUACAUAAAGAUACAUACAUACAUACAUAAAUAUACAUAUACAUAUAGAUAUAGAUAUAGAUAUAGAUAUACAAGCAUAAAAACAUACAAUAAUCAUAGAAAAAUUUAUGGAAAGAGAUGUGUAAAUUCUACAACAAUGCAGCGAAAGAAAUUUGUAUCCAGCCUAGGACUUUCAGUCCACGAAAACCAUGGAAAAUAGCUUGCACUGUUAAAGAAAACGAAUAAUAAAAAAUUUAUAAAAAUUUUCAGAGUAUAAAAUAAUCGUAAAAAUAAACAAAUUUCGUUCAGAGUGUGUGCCGGACAAAACAUUUGCGACUAGCAGUCCAAAUUAAGUUUACAAAUUAUAUACAUUUUCAAAUAAAUCAUUGUCAUUUUUAUUUCUAGUGGAUACUUAUUGAAGCACGAAAUAUAUUUCUGGGAUAUACAUACAUAUGUACGAGUACAUAUGUAGCCCUCUAAAUUCUAUAAUGAGAUGAAACACUUAUUUUUUACAUUUAGUUAACGUAACAAUGCAUUUCAGUUUUUUUAGUACUCAUUUAAAGUAAUGGGUAUACGAAGAGAAUAAAGUGGGGAGGGGUUGAGAUUGGCUAUUUAGAAAUAUUGAAACAUAUAACACAGCCCCAAAAAAAAUUAUUUAUCGGGCGGACCAGGCUAGUCAGUUCGGAAGUAUUUAGGGUUUCUAAAUCAGA